CGAUUUAUCGUUCAUCUCAAAUAGUCAGCUAGAGAAGGCUUUGUUAUUUGUAUCACACGUACAGGAAGAUGUAAAAAAUGUGCUAUGUGUCAUGUUCAUGCUCAUCUCACUUCACAAUGCCUGUGGUUUCUGCUUGAAGACAGCAGUGCUUUAUAAAACGAGACACCAAAGAUCUUCAGCAAACGAGCAGAAGGUUUUCUGCCUCAUUGUGUUCAGACUCUUUUGCCAAACAAGAUGCCGCGGAGCAUCAUCCUGAUCAGCCUGCUGAUUUCCUCAGUUUGUGCUUCUCUUCACUGGGAAAUGCCCAAAGAAGUGUCUACUGGAAAUGAACCUGAAGGAGGCUCUGGUGAAAUACAAACGGAACAACUCCCCGGACUGUGCUGGGCUUGCAAGUGGGCAAUGAAGAAGAUGAAAAAACAGAUCUCCAAUGGAGCAACUCCGGAAGACAUUAAAAAUAAAUUGGGGGUGGUCUGUGAUGAGAUCGGCUUCCUAAAGUCACUGUGUAGGAAGUUUGUGAACAAGUACACAGACACUCUGGUCGAAGAACUUUCCACCACUGAUGACGCCCGAACCAUCUGUAUUAACAUAACUGUUUGCAAGAAAUAGACAUGGAGUUAAUGGCCUUUAAGAUUCCUAUUUAAUCAACUGCAUGAUGCUUUUUUGUGUGUUUGUUUGUUUGUUUGUUUCUGAGGGGCUUUUCCACGUUGGCCUUAACCACAGGCUGGUGUCAUUCUAAACCGAGUUUUUAACCUUGGAUAAAGAGGAUUCGCUGUUUAAAAGCAGGUUUUAGCGCCAUUUUAAUCUGGGGUUAUUAAACUCCGGAGCAGGACUAGCACAGCUUUUUCAGUGCUAACCUCACCGAGGUGCAAAAUGUCUGUAUGCGGUAAAUAUUUUGAUUAGGCGCUUAGCAACAGCCGCGGACAGUCACGGAAACACCGCUCCUUGUAGAAACAGUAGUUUCAGCUUUCCGGAGGGAAAAAUGUCUAGUAAUGACUGUAAUAGGGAUUGUUUCAUUUUGGAAUCUGAAAAGUCCUUUCAGGGAAAAAAACCCAAACUUGUAGCCUAUACUCAACAAUAUAUUCGACGCGCAAUGAUUGAGCUGUUAGGUAAACAGAUCCCGUGAAGCGUUUGUCCAUUGACACGACUCCUCAAAUAUUAAAUAAAAACGUUAACCCAGGUUUAGAAUGACCCUGCCUUAAAGUGACAGCUCACCCAAAAAUGAAAUUAGGCCUACUGUUAUUAUUUAGUCACCUGUAUGGUGUUACUCAUACAAGCUGAGUAAAUGAUGACAGCAUUUUCAUUUUGGGACAAAUGAAAUAGCUAAACUGUACAAUUAGCUGUUUCCAGUGUGAAAACCCCUCAAGUGUUUGCUUUAGCUGGAAAAAAGCGGUGAAUUUCUGCACUUGAGCUUAGCUUAUUUUUUUUGUUCUUUUUUCAUGUACACUCACUUUUGCUAUUUUUUUUAUGCAUUCAUUUUGAAAAUAAAAUGUGUGAAACCAG